UCACUAUUUCAAGAUAUUUUAUUCUGGAAAACUGAUGGAGAAAAACCCUAGUUCAUCAAGAAUUGACAGAAAAUUCAUUGAGAGCAAUAGAAGAAAAGAAAUGAAGAAUCUCCACCACAAACUCAAUUCAAUUCUUCCUCAUCAAACCUCGAAGGAGGCUAUUUCGAGGCCGGAUCGGCUAGAGGAAGCAACAACUUACAUAAAGAAGUUACAGAUAAAUUUGGAGAAAAUGAAGGAAAAGAAGAAGCUUCUACUAGAAGAAAUUCAAAGGCAGAAGAAGUUGAUGUUAAAAUCUCCAAAAAUUGAGAUCCAACAAAUAGGUUUAAUCUUAGAGGUUGUUCUAAUAACUGGAUUGAAUUCUCAGUUUUUGUUGAAUGAAACCAUUAGAAUUCUUAAUGAAGAAGGAGUUGAUAUUGUUAAUGCUAGCUAUAAAGUCAAUGCAGAUUCAGUUUUCCAUUCAAUACAUUGUCAGGUACAAGAAUUUGGCAAUGAAAGUGCAAGAGUAUAUGAGAGAUUGAAGAAGUCUAUGCAUGAUUAUCAGCCUAAUGCAUGUCUUUGA